AUGGCGGCCGCCACCACAUCCGCGCUGCCGACCAUCGUCAUUGUCCCCGGCUCGUGGCAGCUGCCGUCCGCAUGGGACGAGUUCCGCGCUGUCGCCGCCAGGGCAGGCCACGAGGUGUACCAUGUUUCGUUGCCUAGCAUCGGCGGCACGGAGCUGCCCCUGACAGGUCUCCCCGAGGAUGUGGCUGCCGUCCAGCAUGUCCUAGACGGGCUCGCCGACCACGGCGACGACAUCGUCCUGCUCUGCCACUCGUCCGGCGGCGUCGUCGGCAGCAACGCCGUCGCGGGCUACGACAUUGCCACCCGUAAGGCCCUCGGCAAGAAGGGCGGCGUCGUCCGCAUCGUCUACCUAUCCGCCUUCUUGCUCCCCAAGGGCAAGAGCCUGCUCGAUAUGCUUGGCGGCGUCCCCCUGCCGUGGAUGAUUGUCGACGGUGACCGCGUCACAGGCGACCCGGAGAUGAUGCCCGAGAUCGGCUUUAACGACCUGCCGGCCGACCAGCAGGCGUACUGGGCCCAGCAGGUCACCUGGACUUCGGCCGCCCUCUUCGCCGCGCCGUCGGAGUACGAGCCAUGGAACAAUGGCAUCCCCGGCGCCUACAUCUUUCAGACCAUCGACAACGCCCUGCCGUACAACCUUCAGCAAAACAUGGCUCAGCAGCUGCAGCUGGGCCCCCACCCGCGCAACGCAACCAUGGAGAGCGGGCACUGCGGCUUCCUUAGCAUGCCCGACAGGCUAUUGGGUGCCCUGAAGCAGGUCAUUGGCGGAAACUGA